AUGAGCAAUCUAAACAUGGUGGAGGCGAAGUUGCCACCAGGGUUCAGGUUCCAUCCAAGAGAUGAAGAACUAAUAAGUGAUUACUUGAUGAAGAAGUUGACAUGCUGUGAACAACCUCCUCUUAUGAUCGAAGUUGACCUCAACAAGUGCGAACCUUGGGACAUUCCUGGUGAGUCCACCUUCUCUCCCAUCACUUCCAUCAUGUCACCACUGCCCUUUUGCAUCUUUACCAUGUUUUGCAUGUCUAUUUGACUCUCGCUUUUUGUUUAUAUGGUUACAGAUGGGUAUUGGGGUGUGACUAUUUGCGUGCUUUAGAAUUGGGUUGGGUCUGGGGGGAAGUGUCCGGGCGAGAGAGAGAGAGAGAGAGAGAGA